AUCCGUGAAAUGGAAGUGGGGAUUAGUGCUCGGGGAGGACCCCGCACGACCGAGAUGUGAUGUCCCGAGAGCCCUGCACACACUGAAGCCGUCCCGGGGAAAGCGUUGCUUGAAGUCCAUGGCCCAAAAUGCCUCUUCCAGUGGAGAUUCCCUUUCAUGAAGAGGAAGAUCAGAUCAGAGGCUGGGAUGAGUAUGUCACUGCACCAGAUCUCUCCCAUUCCUCUCCAGGAUCCCACUUCCACUAGAAUCCAUGGAAGCAAGACCAAAGAAAAGGAGAGGGAAGAACAGAAUGAGAAGACUUUGAGACAUUCCAUGAGUCAUUCAAGCAACAUUUCUAAGGCUGCGAGUCCUCCAUCUGCAUCAGCCCCAGUGUCCGCCUUCUCUCGCACUUCUGUCACGCCAUCCAACCAGGAUAUCUGCAGUUCCAGUGCAGUGUUUUCUGAGUGUUGUCAACACAGUCCCGUGCAGUCUGCUGUUGUCUUGAAAUCUCCUCAGUGCCAGAGUUCUUUCACACAAGGGCUCACUGUGGCAGUUAUCUGUAAAGACACAUUUCAGGCAUCAAAGAGAAAUUCCUUUGGUUCAGAAUGGAUCCAGGCCUUGAAGCCUGCUAAAAAUACCAAUGCCAGAAGAACACUAAAAUUCUCAAAGUCGCUAAAUGAUAUUGGUCAGAAGGCCCAAGAUACUUUGGAAAGCUUUGACUAUGUGGAAAAAACCUGUUCUGAAGGAAAAUUGAUACUCCCUCAAGAUCCAUGCCUCAGAAUGAAUGGGCUCCAUCAUAAAGAGAAAAGAGCAUCAAACUGCCCAACUCCUGGCCAUCCCAAACAUUCUUGCAUUUCAUCCCUUUCUGCCAAGCAUUCUGCUGCCUCAGAGGUGGAAAAUGGCAAACCGGGUCUGCACAUCUCACUUUUGGAAGAGAAAACAGAUGGCGAGGCUGGGUGCAAAAGCAGGCAGCUGCUCCGGUGCCUGUUCUCACUCUCCCACAGCUUGAGUGCAAGCAGCCUGAACAGGUUUCACGAGCUGGAGAGUCAUGCUACCCACCUGCACACCACCAAGUCCUCCAGCGGGCUAGCAGGAAGCAUGGGCUUCUGCUCCGACGAAAUGGGAGAUGACGAUGUCUUUGAGGACAGCGCUUCCGUCAAACUGAAGAGCAGAGUCCUACAGGCACCCUUGUGCUCAGUGGAGAAGGACAGUGACCUGGAUUGUCCUUCUCUUCUCUCAGAAAAAUGUCCCCCCAUCUCUCCCAUGUCCACUUCAGGGGAUGCCUGCAGGAUCUGCCACUGUGAAGGAGAUGACGAGAGCCCUCUGAUUACCCCCUGCCACUGCACAGGAAGCCUCCACUUCGUGCACCAGUCUUGCCUGCAGCAGUGGAUAAAGAGCUCCGACACCCGCUGCUGCGAGCUCUGCAAAUACGAGUUCAUCAUGGAGACCAAGCUGAAGCCUUUGAGGAAGUGGGAAAAGUUGCAGAUGACAGCCAGUGAGCGCAGGAAGAUCAUGUGCUCAGUGACAUUCCACAUCAUUGCUAUCACCUGUGUGGUCUGGUCCUUGUAUGUGCUCAUUGACCGCACCGCCGAGGAGAUCAAGCAGGGGCAGGUAACAGGAAUGCUAGAGUGGCCCUUUUGGACUAAACUGGUGGUUGUGGCCAUUGGCUUCACCGGAGGACUUCUUUUUAUGUACGUCCAGUGCAAAGUGUACCUGCAAUUAUGGAGGAGGCUGAAGGCUUAUAACAGAGUGAUCUAUGUUCAGAACUGCCCAGAAACAAGCAAAAAGAAUAUUUUUGAAAAGUCUGCACUAAGAGAACCCAACUUUGAAAAUAAAGAUGGACAUGGAAUCUGUCGUUCCAACACAAACUCUUCUUCUUGCACAGAGCCUGAAGACACUGGAGCAGAAAUCAUUCACAUCUGAUGGUGUCGUUUUCCUGGGCGUCCAAAGAGAGCUGAAGGAAUUCGUUUACUGCCAAUUGUGUACUUUUCUUAUGUCCUUAAUAGCAUAGAUUGGGCAGGUAACUUUUUAUAGUGGCCUCUCUUUCUGAUCCCUCCUUGAUGAAUCUCCUGAAAGCCCUCCUGUGAGCCAGGAACCACUUGGUUGCACUUCUGCCAAGCUGCUCUAGGGGGCAGGAAGGUGAGGGACCCCACACAGCCAUGAUGGGGAGCUGACUGAGUUCCAGCCCAGGUCUUGAGCAGAGUGAGGGAACAAAAGGCCCAGCAAGGCUGAGCAGGAAGUGGGUAGGAGGGCCUGAGGCACAGCUGUUCCUAACCCAGAGCCCAGCGUUGGGGAGGUCUGGCUGUGGUGAGAGGAUUGCCAUCUUACUAAGGAGAGCCAGGGAAAUGGGAUGGGAAUGACCUCUACAAACACAAAGUUGUGCCCUCCCUCUGCUAAUGCUGCCACACUGGCCUUUGAGUAGGCAAGGCCUUGCGGUCCUGUGUCUGGUGGCUUAUGAUUCAUUGAACAAACAGCACUUUAUAAAAGAGAAUCUUUAUUUUAUGAUUCCUUUGUCUAGUGGGAAAGACACUUCAAAGAGCGUCACAUGUAGAAAUCUUCCCUUUAUUACCCUUUUUUUAUCUCUUUAAAUCAGAACACAUCUGAAACACUUUUGCCUUAUGUACUCUUGAGUAGCAGGAUGCCCUCUGCAUGUCCAGAAGACAAGACUCAUGGCUUGACAGUGUGAGGGACAGGUCCGAGGCUUUUCCGUAACAGAGUUGGUGGGAAUUAAUGGAUGCUAAGUGGCAGCUAGCAUAAUUCCUGCAGUUUCAUGACUAGUCCUUACUUCAUAGUCCUGCUGUACAUUUAUUUGGUCAACACUGGCAAAGAAGGGUUUUGAGAUCUUAAUGGAAGGAAAGGAAGCAAGUGCUAAAGACACAGUUGAGUGUUUAGAAAAUGAUUUCUUGACAGAUGUCUCCAGUUGGUGUGGCUGUACGCUAGAAUAGCAGGUGCAUGCCAUCUACUGUGGGCACUCACUGUGGGUGCUCCCAUACUGGGAGGUUCUGCAGAGUCACCACCCAGGGCCAGGAGACAGGCAGGCUGACUUUAGGAUGAGGCCCUGGCAUGCGUAGCAAACUGCCAUGGGCCACUGAUUGUGUCACUACCCUCCAACCCACACCCAUCUAUUGUCGCCUUAACUGGACCAAACAGAGAGGUUGGUUUAGGGGGCCCUGGCCCCACACUUGGUCCAUUCUGUCAUCAGGGAUUACCCCUCUGUCAUUUUUCAUAACACAGACAAAACGAAAUCACCACCAUCAAAUGGCCUUCACCCCUUUAAAAAGUCUGAAAAUUUUCUUCUUGAAGCCCAGUAUCAUAGUGCCAGGCAAACAGUCAACUCUGGGUGUCAGCCCAAGGCCUGCAACAUGACAUGGGUGGCCCAGAGGCUUAUUCUUCAGGUCACUCUGUCACCACCCACUGCGUAUGCAGAGCCUUCUGGAUGGGACAGGGCAAUGCCUAUGGUCCUGUCCAUAUUUCUUGGAGCCUUAGGUUCCUCACCUGUCCUGAGAAGAGGAUGAAGCAAACAUGAGACAAACUCUUUGUGGUUCAGGGUAGUCCUGUAGUUGGCUUUGAAAGCCAGGAGGAGGUUGAAGGAAGGGUCUCUUGAGCCUAGAUAAGGCUUGUGAGAGCAAUCCUUCUGCCUCUGUGUCUGACACAUGGGGUCACAGAGCCCGGUCUGUGAAGCUGCUCUAACUUGGCUUUCUGUUGGCCAAUGGGCACAGUUCAGACAGCUGACCCUGAGGUCAACCUGCCCUUGCUGUCUCCCAGGCCUCAUCCAGCCGGUUUCUGUGCUUAUUGUGCCCCAAAGUGCAAUUACUCACAUCCCUUAUCAGCCUGGGGACACCAGGCAGCUACAGUCUGCCCACUCAGGGGAGCUGAGCCCCAGGUCAGCCCUACCUAUACCCCUUAGGAACUGCCCAGACUAGUUUUCCAGUCCUGUUCACCUGUCCCUGUCACCCUUCAAUGGUAGAUGAGUGGUCAAACAAAGACCAAGAUAGUUUUAAAUGUGAUUCCUACCCCAGUGGGCCCCUCAUGCUGAACUUGAAAAGUACUGAGACUUUCACAGAGAGGAAAGUGUGCAUAGGUGGGGAUAGCUCCUGAGCCACCAGCUCUGGAGUUGGGGAGGGGGCUGGCACCCCCUUAUUGCAAAGGUGUCUUUAGAACUGUGACCCCUGUGUUGUUGCCAUGCAAACCAGAUGCUCUACAAAGCCCUAACCCUUCUUUUCAGAAGGGCCUGACCCCAUUUCCUUUCCAGUCACUCUGCAGAUGGUCUAUCCACAUCAUCUUCCACUCCCGUCAUGGCACUCAGCCACCCCUUGCUUUUUUUCCUAUAGGUCUAACUUAGCAUCUGUGAUCCAGCAGGAUCCCUCUGCCUACCAGCGAUUGAGUGAAGUAGUUGGUGAGGGCGUGCUGUGCUGCCCUUUAGCUGGGGUUUCCCAAUCUGUCCACUCGCCCUCUAAAUGCUUCUGUGGAGCUAGCUAUCCCAUUUUGCCUCAGUCUGUGCCUGGCUUUAGUGGGAGGGUGGCAUGUGACUGAACCAAACAGUGGAAUGAGGCUCCAGGGUCAGAAGGGCUGAUGCUUACGGGCCAGGCAAAGGGGACUAGGGAAGCAGCCUCAGGGUGUCACCACCAGUCCUCUUCUUUAAAUGAGUUUUGCCCCAUGGGUCAAGGCCUAAUUGCAGGCCUCUGAUUUUAACUUCCAGAAGUAGCUUGGGUGUGUGCCCAAGUUUAUUGCAAGAAUUUCUUGGAAAUGCUGUAAAAGUUCUCUUAAGUUUCUGUGUCUCUCCUUCAAACCACUCUUCAAUCUCGUAGGCCUAGUUUGCAAUUCUGUAGUUGUAGCUCCCUGGCCACAAAUGUGUGGACCUCAGGCAGUGGGGCCAGUUCUGGAGCUUGGAAGGUGCUGCAUGGUGGGGGUUGUAGGGCUGGGACUCACAGGGUGAAGAGCCACACCACUUUGGAUGUGGCUUGGUGCAAAUAUGCAUUUGAAAUACUGCCCCUUUGAAUCUGGUUUGAAAUAUGCAACUUUUCAUACCUAGUCCAAGGAAAGACCAAAACAUAGAGAACUAAAAGCAUUUAUCUUUGCCGGAAGUAAUUGUUCAAGUUGUGCAGCUGAUUUGGUACACAUUUAGAUGCAAUGUUUAUAGAAAGUUAAUUGUUAAUAAAACCAAAUUUACACUGGCAUGCGUGGUGUAGUUCCUAAAAGGCACUUGACAUUUGAAAUUUUUCUUAGAAAAUUUCUAGUAAUCUAAAUGUCUAGUUUUGUAUUCUUUUACGUAUGUUCACUGUUUCUCAGUAUUACCACUUGAAUAAUUCUCUGUACAGGGGGUUCAUUUGUGCUAUACUGGAGUUGUCUUAACUGCAGCAAUAAAACCUUUCUUUACAAAGGAGUUUUGCCAUGAAAGUGUUUUCCUGUGAGGAGGCAGCAGACCCUCUUUCUUUCCAGAUUCUUGUAGCUCACACAUGGGGAAAUAAUAUCCUCUGCCUGUCCCUUAGACACAGGACUGUGGGGAGUCUGGAGGGCCAGCAGGACUGUAGUGAAAAGGGAGGCAUCACACAGGUGUGUUGCUGCUAGUCUGGACUUUACUUGGACUCAUGUCUUGAGGGAAGCCAGGUCAAGGUUAGGGUAUGUCUGACAGCAGGAGCAGUUGGCUGAUGUUUACUGACACCCAGCCCAUCUAAGUAAGACAAUCAGGGACACCCAUCGGUUCCUAGGGACAGCUCUGAUUCCAGGGACAGUUCCUAGGGUCAGGCUGCAUCUCCUGACUUGUGCAGGGUUCCCUGAGGGAUGGCAGUGCCACUGGUCCUCAGACUGCAGACUGCCCACAAAGCUGUGAGGGCUGGGCUUCCCCACUGUGUUCUCCAGGGUCAGGAUGGCAUAAGG